AUGGCUUCAAAAAUCGUCGUUCUGGGCUCUGUCAACUGUCAAUUACAGGCAGCGUUCACAAAGCUGGCCAAGUUGCAAGCAAAACAAAAUUUUGCGUUCGCAAUUAUUGUGGGAAAUCUGUUUGGAGACUGCUCAACGGAGGCUCAGCUGGACGAAAUUUCAGCUCUACUCAACGGUAACAUUGGUGUGCCCCUGCCAACAUAUUUCUCAGUUGGCGAUCUACCCCUUCCAACUCGGAUAGUGGAGAAGAUCGAAGCAGACGACGAGGUCUGCCCAAAUCUGUAUUUCCUGGGCAAACGAGGGACUCUGAAGACUUCAGAAGGCAUUCGCAUCGCUGCUCUCGGUGGCACACUAGCGACUGCGGACUCAAAAACACCGCAAAGCUUUGCCACUGGAAGAUUUCAAACGACAUUUACCGAGCCUGAUGCUCGUUCGCUCUUCGGUACACACAGCGCAGAUAUCUUAAUCACCAAUCAAUGGCCCAAGGGAAUCCAAACAGGCUCCAAGGUGGGGACUCCAAAGGAUGAGAGCGUCCGCCCUGCCGAAAUUCAGUGUUUGGCCGAUGUAUGUGGCACUUUGAGACCAAAAUACCAUUUUGCAGCAUCAGACGCAUUCUUCUAUGAACGCGAACCCUUUUUCCACAUGCCGACAGAAGACAGCCCUGAUGUCAAACCAUUGACUCGUUUCAUAUCACUGGCCACUUUCGGAUCGAGGCAAAAAUCAAUGUAUGCCUUUUCACUGGAUCCAAAGGCUGAGCCACCUCUUACGAUCCCAGCUGGAGUAACUGCAUCGCCCCUUUCCAGAACCGCGGCUAAGCGGAAGGGUCUCCCGAGCCAACAGGAAUCAUUUCGACGAUUUGCUCCUACAGAUGAGAACCAAGGUCGCCCGCGCAAGCGCCAGCGUGAAAAGGCUCCUCCCCCAGGUCCUGAUCAAUGUUUUUUCUGUCUAUCUAAUCCCAACAUUGCUACUCAAUUGAUCACAUCCAUCGGUGAGGAGAGCUAUCUCACAACCGCGAAGGGCCCGCUCCCACCGACCGACUUUUUCUCUUCUCUCGGCUUCCCAGGCCACAUGCUCAUCAUCCCUUUCACCCACUCUCCAACCUUGAACUCCAUUCCAGAACCUGGGUCUCGUGAAACUACCUACAAGGAGAUGCAGCGCUAUCGCUCUGCGCUCCAUAAAUUGGUAAUGGACCGCUCAGGUGGUAAACUUGGCGCUGUAACCUGGGAAGUGAGUCGUUCAGGCGGUAUUCACACUCAUUGGCAAUUUCUUCCUGUCCCAAUCGAUAUGAUCCGCAGCGGACUUGUUGAUGCUGCGUUCAAGGUGGAAGCUGAAAACCUCAAAUACCCACGAUUCACGACCAUUCCGGCAUCAGAGUCAAGGGGUUCUGAGGAAGCCGGUGACUUCUUUAGGUUGUGGGUUUGGAAUCCUUCUGAGAAAGCAGACGAAUCUCCCGAAGGCGACGAGGUAUCUGGGGAAGAGAAGUUGCUCAUGCUAGAACUGUCACAAGAUUUCCGUUUUGAUCUCCAGUUUGGUCGCCGUGUGAUGGCAAAGCUACUGGAGCUGGAUAAGCGGAUGGAUUGGAAGGAUGCAACACAGACCGCUGAAGAGGAAGAGUCUGAUGCGGCAGCAUUCAAGAAGGCGUUCGAAAAGUAUGAUUUUGCAUGA